CCUCAUACUACUCCGGCUGGUCCUUAGUUGUCGGAGUUCAUCUCCACACGAUAGCCCUGGAUCAAGCUCUUCUAAAGAGUCCUGUUCCAACCCGAUUCGAGCUGAUGCACUGCAAUCCACAUGGAGCCCGUCUCGUUCGUUGCAAGCCUAGUUACGCUUAUGGGAGUUGCAAAGGUCGCCAUAAAUCUCAUUGAAGCUAUUCGGCGUUUAGGCGAAACUCCCCCGUAUCUCAGGGAUGCAGGGGAUUAUAUCUCAGACUUUCACACACAAUUGGAUAACAUCAAGGAAACUCUAGAAAAUAAGAGCCACCUGCUGGACGCUUCUGCUAGAUCCAGCAUACUCAGAGUCCUGACAGAUGCUAACGAACAUCUCCUCAAAUCCCAGCGCUUUCUCGAAAAGUUUCAUACCAAAGCUCGCGGUGCCAGAUCUCGCAUCAAUGCUCUUUACAGUGAGCUGCGCAGAGAGAACGAGCAAAAAGUGGAGGCAUUGCGGCUCACGCUGCGGGAGAUCAAGAUUGAUCUUGGUUUGGCCCUGCAAAGUGCAGCUCUCCUCACUACACUCAAUAUUCAGAGUAUUCUGUAUAUGCAGCCAGAGAAAAGCAUGGCCCUUGUCCGAUCUGUGGAUACUUCUCAGAACGCUUCUCUCAGCCUUAUCCCACACGUCGCCGUCGCAACUACCAAAAUUGAGGACUUGAAGAAUAUUUGCGCGUCCAAUGGUGAGAACGCUCUGACACGCCUUUUGAUGGAGAGGAAACGCUAUACGAGCAGAUGUCCAAAAGGUUGUCCAUGUCGAUGUCAUAUUCCUCUACAAGCUAGCACACCUCGAUGGCUACAUGGUCUCGUGGGAAAUCUCUUUGUCAGCUUAACAGGCACUCAAGGGUCAAAAUGGCGUCCUUGCGACUAUUACCGUUGCGUUGCGGGUAAACAGGGCACUGGAUCCCUACGUUUUCGAUAUAUGUUCCCCCCAUGGGUCGUUCCCGCUGGGUUGGAUCUUGCAUGCGCUUGGUCGAGUUUAAGAUCAGCCGGAGCUCUGUGGACCUUGAGUGUCCCAAAGUGGAUUACCGAUGAGGAGACUAUUACCCAACUCAGGCGUCUUACGCGCAAGGAUGAUCUUGAUGGCCUAAAGCAGUUGAUGUACCACCGGAAACUGAAUCCACUGGACCUCACGCUGGAAGGGAUGACAAUACUUGAGUAUCUUAUGGAUUAUUGCACUAUCGAGUCGUUCAUUACACUUAUCGGGGAAGACGCAGAUCCCUACAUUCCAGUGGGUAAAGAUUUCGCUCCAGCUACCAUCAACAUCGGCCAGAUGUUCUGGUAUUAUUCAGUUCUCAAGGUUACUUACAGAGGCAUCGGUGUGCAAAUCCCUGAAUGUUUGCAACUAGAGGAUUUCAUCGACACGUUAGGUCUUAGUGCGCUUCACAAAGUUGUCAUGGGUUUACAUCCAGGAGAUCUAGGGACCUUGAUUGAGCUUGAUCCUUCGACACUCCAUGCCGUGGAUUGUUUUGGAAUGACGCCCCUCCACUGGGCUGUUGCUGCGCUAAAUCUGGAUGCUGCCGAGCUUCUCCUGGAUGCUGGUGCUGACCCAAAUGCGUUUUCCUAUCUCGGGGAGUUUCCCUUGAUGUUAGCAAUACCCGUUAGAGGGAAACAGAGCCGUAACACGAUCUCCGUCAUAGAGAAGAUGAUGACUCUUCUGCUAUCAAAUGGAGCAAAUAUUCACGCUCGGAACCCCCUCUGCCAAAACACAAGCCUGCUUGAUGCGUGCGAGUUGGGGGCAUUCGCAAUUUGUCGACGAUUGGUCGAAGCUGGAGCUGAUAUUAAUGCGGAAAACCAGCAGGGUCACAAUGCUGCUGACGUGGCUAUAGCCAAAAAUUAUCCCGACAUCCUCGAGUAUUUGAUACAACACGGCGCAAAACUCCAUAGGCCACAUAUAGAUCCGGACCGUCUACUAGCGCGGUUGGCUAGGGCUGGUAGUGCGGAAGUUAUCAGACUGCUCCAGAACGAGCGAAUGGAUCAUGUAUCCAUCACACAGGACGACAUAGAUGACUACUGGCACAUUUUCGAGACUGGGCGACAUGUAUAUCCAGACGGAGAGACCGACGAAGAACGCGAUCUGGCUAGGGUCGAGUUUCAGAAGUUCCUCGACAGAUUCGCUCAAAACACUCAAGGAAGGAUAACCGAAUGUCUUGAUGACAGGGACGACGAAUCCGACGAGGAGUCCACAUUGAUAGCCAGCGAUAUAGAUGAGCAGCAGGCAUCGAGCGACGAAGAAGAAGAGAAAGGCCACGAGGAAGAAGAGGAGGGAGAGGAGGGAGAGGAUGCCCAAUUCCAUGAUGCGCUGGAUUCCUUUGCGACUGAGUGACGGAAAUGAUGCUCUGCCGUUCGAGAUAUCUGGCUGACUGCAUGAUGUACGGCACCUCAGUUGAGUCAGAAAACGGACGACGUGGGACCUCGAAACUUAUCGCUACCACCAGCAACGUAGACCACCAUCGGCACGUCA